CUUCUGUCUCCUGCUUAGUGCGCGUCAGUCCCAAGACGUUACCAUGGCAGAUUCAACACAAGUCGAGAGAACGCGAGGAUUGAAACGAUGAGCCAGCGACAAGUUUUACAAGUUUUUCAGCAGUACCAGAAAGAAAGGAUGAUAUUUGCGCAAACGGUUGCAGAGCUUGCAACAAGACCUCAGAAUAUUGAAACACUUCAAAAUGCAGGUGUGCUGUCCCUCCUGAGGCCUCUCCUCAUGGAUGCAGUACCGACUAUCCAACAUUCGGCUGCUCUGGCUCUUGGAAGACUCGCCAGCUACAACAAUGACCUCGCCGAGGCUGUAGUGAAUGGAGACAUUCUGCCUCCGCUUGUCUACUCGCUGGCCAAACAGAACCGCUUCUAUAAGAAGGCAGCAGCGUUUGUUCUCCGUGCCGUGGCAAAGCACUCACCCGAGUUGGCACAAGCCGUAGUAGACUGUGGUGCCCUCGAUGCUCUCGUUAGCUGCCUGGAGGAGUUCGAUCCUGGAGUGAAAGAGGCGGCUGCAUGGGCACUGGGUUACAUCGCUCACCACAAUAGCUCAUUGGCUCAGGCGGUGGUGGACGCAGGCGCUGUUCCUCUGCUUGUUCUCUGCCUCCAGGAACCCGAGAUUGCCCUGAAAAGGAUCUCCGCUUCGACACUAAGCGACAUCUCUAAACACUCGCCAGAGCUUGCACAAACUGUAGUGGACACUGGAGCCAUUGCACACCUGGCACAGAUGAUCCUGAACUCGGACACCAAACUGAAGAAGCAUGUGCUCUCAGCUCUAGGCCAAAUAUCCAAACACUCUGUGGAUCUGGCAGAGAUGGUGGUGGAGGCUGAGAUCUUCCCUGCUGUACUGACCUGCCUUAAAGACCCAGAUGAUUAUGUGAAGAAGAACGUCAGCACCUUGAUGCGAGAGAUCACAAAACACACCCCUGAGUUAUCCCAGAUGAUUGUGAAUGCCGGAGGUGUUGCAGCUGUGAUUGAUCAUUUACAGGACUCCAGAGGGAACGUGCGAUUACCUGGUAUCAUGAUGCUCGGCUAUGUGGCUGCACACACAGAGAACCUCGCCAUGGCUGUUAUUGUAUCUAAGGGUGUACCACAGCUGACUAUCUGUCUGGCGGAGGAGACGGAGGAUCACAUAAAGACUGCAAUAGCCUGGGCACUGGGGCAGAUCGGCCAUCACACACCUGAGCAUGCAAAAGCUGUGGCCAUGUCCAAUGUGCUUCCCAAACUGCUGACUCUCUACCUGGACACGCAGAGCUCUGAGGACCUGCAAGUCAAGGCAAAGAAGGCUUUAAAGAGCAUCCUUCAGAAGUGCACGUACCUUCCAGCACUGGAGCCACUCCUCUACGAAGCUCCCAGUAAUGUUCUCAAACACAUCAUCUGCCAGUUCAGCAAGGUUCUUCCACAUGACAGUAAAGCACGGAGGUUAUUUGUAACUAGCGGAGGACUGAAGAAGAUGCAGGAAAUUAAAGUUGAGCCUGGCUCCGAGCUGCAGGAGUACAUCAACACUAUUAACAACUGCUACCCUGAGGAGAUAGUCAGGUACUACUCACCUGGAUAUUCAGAAGCACUACUGGAAAGGAUUGCGAACUAUAAGCCUGUUGGACAGAAAGCUCCUCUCCAGGAUUAG